AUGGGCCUGCUGUCCGAUCCGUCGAUAUCCACGCAGAGCAAGCUGGUGGACGGACUGGCGCGUCAUGUCCGCAAAGUGUGCUACACCCUUUAUGUGGCGGGUGUGGUCUGGUUCUUCUGUUUGGCGAUGCCGGAGUUCAACCACGGGACGUAUCUCUCCGAGAAUGCCCUGUCCCCAGGCCUAGUUUAUCCGGAGAUCCGAGUCGAUGCCAAUCGCCUGGCCAUUCAGCUGCUGGAGGAGCUGCAGCGCGAGCGCACGGAUCACCUGUCCACCACGCCGCACGCCUGGAUUGCGGCCAAGAUGAACGAGUUCGGCCUGGAGACGCAUACCCACAACUACACGCUGCGCUAUCCCUUUGGCGGCGGCAAGGAGUAUCACGGCAAGAAUAUCUAUGGCAUACUAAGGGCGCCGAGGAUUGCCUCCACGGAGGGUAUCGUUUUCGCCGCACCCUACCGCGCCGCCAGCUCCGUGCACGCGGACAUCUCGGCCAGCGUGCCGCUCCUGCUGGCAUUCGCCGAUUUCGCCCGGCGCAAAAACUACUGGGCCAAGGAUCUGAUCUUUUUGGUCACCGAACAGGAGCAGCUGGGCAUGCAGGCCUGGCUGGAGGCCUAUCACGAUGGCGAUCGGGAUGUGGAUGUGAGCAAGGCCUAUCUGCGUCCCGGCAAUUUGCCCGCUCGCGCUGGCUCGCUACAGGCUGCCCUGAAUAUUGAGGUCCAAGAUCUGGAGAUCGAUCAUGUGGAUGUGCGCAUUGAGGGUCUGAAUGGCAAGUUGCCCAAUCUGGAUAUGUUCAAUCUCGUCCAGAGGAUUAUGGCCCGCGAGGGCAUCGCCUCUGGCUACAAGCAAGCGCCGCGCAAAAAGCGUCGCCAUAGUCAGUCCGCCUUCGAGCAGAAUCUUCGCCAGAUGCUGACCAUGCUGGCCAGCCAGUCGUCAGGUGUGCCCAAUGGAAAUCACGGGCUGUUCCAUCGCUAUCGUAUUGAUUCCCUGACCAUAGCUGCCAAUCGAAGGGCCACCCAUGCCACGCUGAAGGGCAAUCCCGGAUCGGCGGCGGUGCCCUUGCUGAAAGCCGUUGAGGGAAUAGCCCGGAGUCUGAAUAAUCUGCUGGAGCGUUUCCAUCAGAGCUUCUUCUUCUACGUGCUCGUGAACAAUGAUCGUUACAUAUCCAUCGGGGACUAUAUGCCCGCUUUGGUGGCGCUGGUGGCCUGCGCCUUUGUCAAGGCUUAUCUUACGUGGUCCAGGCUGCCGGUGACCAAUGCUGAACUGGAAGCGGUGGCUGGUUUUGUCGGGGAGCAGGAGCAGGAUCAGCAGGCGGAACUGGAGGUGGACUCCGAAUUGGAUAAAUUCGAGCUGCCGUAUGGCUCGGUGUUGAUCUACCUCACCGCCACCCUGUUGAUUGGUUUCCUAUGCAAUGUGCUGCCCCUGCAGCAGUAUUUCCUGGAGAUUCCCAUGGGCGCCGCACCGCUGACCACCUCGGUGCUGAGUUUCCUGUCCCUAAUCGGUUUCAUUCUGCCCUUUGUGGUGGUUUUGCCGCCCGGCGGUUUGGAGCUGCUGCACGUUGCCUUCCUGCUGAUCUAUGGCUGCGCUUUGAUCGUCAUCGGACUGCUCAACUUUGCCCUUGGAUUCUUUGCGGCGGUGCUGACAGUGCCGCUGGUCAUCUCGCUGGAGACCAAGGAGGAGAACACGCGCAGCACGCUGAGGAACUCGAUCCGCCUGGCCACGCUGAUCAUGAAUCCCAUGAUGAUUAUCUACGUGAUCGUGCUGGCCAUGACAUUCUACCAGUUCCCGGAGCUACCGCUCCAGAAGAUCAUGCUAAGGGCGGCCACCGCGGCCAUGGAUGCCUCGGCCUACGGGCUCAUCGAUUCCGUGAUCUAUGGCAACUGGCUGUACUUUGUCAUCUGCACGAUAUUCCUGCCCCUGUGGAUCAUCUGCUGGACCUUGGCGCUGUCCAAGCGACGAGACUACGCCGAUUACCUGGACUUUGAUGAGUCGCCAUCCACGUCGCCGCAGCCAAAGGAGAAAACGAAUUGAGGAGCAGAACUGCCCGGAUUUCCGUUCUAAUGUAACUCAUUGAAUGUCUACAUAUAUCAACUAAGAUAAAUUGUGUGAUAAACCCAACAAAUGUGUGCGAUGGCGGUAAGAGAUUGCACAUUCUGAGAAAAUUCCAUUUAAAUGUUAUGCAUUUGAUUAAAUGUCUAAAUAAAUGAAGCCUAUUUAUUACUUCGA